AUGGGGAUAAACUCUUUGCAAGACUACUUGGAAACGAACUGUUCGUCGGCCUGUGUGUCGGUAGAUUUGCUGAAGAUCGCUCGUGGGUUUGUGUCGAAAAGGCGUGGUCGAUAUGGAGGUUCUGCCCGUUUCUGUCUUGUUGUUGAUGCUGAGAGCUGUUUGGACCGACUCUAUGGGGGUUACUAUUCAGAUUGGGUCUGUGGGGGCCAGUGGAAUCGGAUGACAGCUUUCCUAACUAAUCUUGUCCAAGCCUGUCACAAUGCCAACAUGGAAUUGGUUGUGUUUUUCAAUGGAGGGUUGGAAAGUGAACGAAUGAACGAUUGGUUUACUGAACAAAUAAACCAGAAAAAAAAAGUGCACUCCAUUUUACGACAUUUGCAAAACAAGGGUACACCACCCCCAAAGAUUUGGUGGAUGCCCCCAGUUUUUUUAAAGGGAAGUUUACGUAUGGCUUUACGUCAUUUGAAUGUCACUGUUGCGUGCUCCAUGGACGAUCAUUUCCAAGAGGUGAUUGGAUUCUGUCGAGAACAUAAUCUACAAGGCAUCAUAGCUCAAGAAUCAACGUACGCCAUCUUCGAUCCUCCACGAUAUUUUUCAUCCAAUAAUUUGAAGUUAACCUAUAAAGGCUCUCUGGAAACGAAAGAGUACAUCAUGGACGAAAUAGCUAAAUGUUUAGAUUUAAAUCCAAAUAGAUUUUGUGUUUUUGCUGCUUUGUUGGGUAACCACAUCCUUCCAGAAGAAGAUCUUUACGAUUUUUUCAGAAAUCAACUCAAUUCUUGUUUAGAUACAGAAGGGAAGCCAUUAAAGGUACUGAUGAAAAUAUUGGCUGAUGUUAACAAACCAGGUAGGAUUUUUGAAGUAAAGAGGUCUAUUCUAGGAUUUUCUUGUAAUGAAAUGAUAUUAAAGUUUAAACAGAGUGUCCAGUAUUAUUUAAAUGGUACUCACGAAGGUUUCCUCAAAUACAGACCUAGACCUAAAUGGGCUGACAUGGAAAAAGCGUCUAGUCGUUCGGAUGGGACAAUAAACGGAGGCCCCGUGUGCUACAGGCUGUGCACGUUAAAGAUCCCUCGACAGUUGGAAAUCGAAAAAGAGCAGACUCUGGUUCAUUCAUUCAUUUUUUUCAUUGACACAUUUAUCCAUUGGCACAAUUAUUCAUUGCCACAUUCAGACACUCUCAUUAAUUUCCUCCAUCCAUUACAGGAGAUUGGAGGCUAUAUGAACACCUUAAAUCCCAAUGCACCAGAUAUCCUAGCCAAUAGUUCUGGGUUAAAUAAAGGAUUAUUGAAUGGAUUUGAUUCUAGUUUAGAAGCUCAGCUGUCUGGACUUAGUUUGACUGAUAGUCAACCUCUACAUCCUAGUGUUGGUAAUCAUAAACCUAAAAAACAACCAGGUACCAAGUUACCAUCCGUCACCCCUGAGAUCAUGCGUAUUGCCAGUGAACGACACCAGAAAGGUUUGAUGUGCUCCUGGAUUUAUCAACUUCUCUCACAGGGGGAGUUAAAACUACCAGUUGUAUUAGAAGAUGAUACCAAUAGAGAAUUACCAUCCUAUAUUGACCUAUUUAGACCAAUACGUCAAACAGUUUACUCAGUUUUAUUCAAUCUAAAUAAAACCAAAAUUAUACAUGAAACUUCAGAAAAGGAAAAAGGAGAACCCAGUACAGGUACACCAAAAUGUUUUGAUAUUCCCGUCAAAGAAUGGGUGAUCCGACGAGGAACAACACGACCCAGUUUUGAGUUGGUGAUCGCCAAACCAGUGGAAUGGAAGACCCCCAGCGUGGAACGAAUGUGGCUCGGACAGAAUGCAGAGGACAAGAACAGACGUCUACGAGCUUUUUUGACUUGUAUGCAGAGUGAAUCGCCCUUGAUGUUAAAUACUAAUUAUGUUCCUCAAUGUUUACUAGUCAUGUGCUGUGUUUUAAGAUAUAUUGUACAGUUUGGGCGUGUUAUACAACGACAAGAAUUAGAUGCGUUUUUAGCCAUGGCUGUUUCACCUUUAUUAGUUGAUGUACAAACUAUGCAGGAUUUGAAGUUACCAGCCAUCCAUCCUAGAGGUAUUCAACUGGCCUCGUUAUUUAUGUCUGGUGUAGAAACAGCUAUAUUUGCUAAUGAUGUAUGUGGAGCACCUAUACCCUGGAAUAUGAGCUGUCCUUGGUUAUUUUUCGAUGGAAAGUUAUUCCAUUUUAAACUACUAAAAGCUAAUAAUAAUACUCCUUUGAUAGAUAUGUGUGAUGGACAGGUUGAUCAAGUGUUAAGAGUAGAGAGAAUGAGACAAGCCAUCUUAGAAAACACACGAGCCGAGUUUGCUAAACCGUUACUCCCUGCCAACAUGUUUAAUCCUUACCCUAGUCCUUAUGGCAACUACCCCUCCUUCCCCCACGGUGCACCAAUAGGUUACCGCCCAGCAGGUCGUUCACCAGUAGAUGCUAGAGGUGGACAGUUAGAGAUUGCUGGUGUAGUGGUUGGUAGCUGGGGAGCCAAUGUACCUAGUAGACGAGGUCGUCAAGGUCCUACUCCUCAGAUUAUGUCUGUUGGUGGUGGUCGAAGGUUUGUAACAAAUUUCUAUUCGUCAUCUUGGUGCUUUGUGAAUCCAGAAGCACUGGCCAUGGACUCCUAA